AUGAUAGGCCUCAACCUCGCAUCUCGAGCAAGUAUCUUUGGCAUCUGUGCCUUUGCUCUGAUCCUCUAUCUCGCCAGUGACACUCUGUCGACCUCUCUCCAACAUCUUACCAGUCGCGCUGCUUCGUCUUCCAACAAAAUGGCAACCUCCCUCCCCCAGAUCUCCAUCCGUCCAGCACACGAUGCUGUGUCCAAGGACCAGAAGCCCGAAGUCAAGGUGACCGUUGAGAACCCGUCCGACUCGCCAGUUACCCUUCUCAAAUGGAACACCGUCCUCGACACUCUGGCGCCCUCUCUCGGUGUCUUCCAGCUGCGAGACCUCACUGCCAACGAAGACGUGGAGCUGAACAUCAUGAUGGUCCGUCGACAGCUCCCCGCGAAGGAGAGCGACCUCGUCGAGAUCGAGGCCAACGGGACCAUCGAGACCACCGUCACCUUCCAGUCCCUCGAGCUCAAGUGCGGCCACAAGUACUCGGUGCAGGCAACAGGUUUCUGGCAGGCCGUCUGGAACAUGUCCAAGGCGGACGUUGUGUCCGGCCAUCUUGACCAACUUUCUGGCGGCGCGAACGGAGACUUUGCCUCCAACACCGUAGAAUUCUCACAGGUAUUUACUAUCCUACCCGUCAUAACUAUCCUAAUCGUUGAGUUUGUACUGUCGAGCUGUGGCUAA